CCUCCUCGUAGCCAAUCAGCGCCCCGCUGCUGGUUGCUGUGGAAGGCUGCGCCAUAGAAUCUCAUGGAAUCUCCCAACUUGCUGGAGCACCACACCCGACCUUUUUAGAACUACUUUUUCCCUUCCCCCUCGGCUUCCCUCUCCCUCCUCCUCUUCCUACAUCCUCCCUCCCUCUCACAUUCCAUUCCCCUCAUUCGCGAGAAGCUGAUAGAGGUUGCUCUCUUGUAACUCGUUCAUUUCCCAUCGCAGCGUAAUAGGUAAGCUGCUGCCGCCGCACACCCCUCCCCAAAAAGCAUAUAUACACACCUUACUGGUGUCGCCGCCCGCCUCGUCUACACGCCGCUAAUACUUUGCCCUCCGGAAAAAAGAUACCCUCUUCACGAACCGCCAUCAUGUCCGAGACUUUCGAGUUUCAGGCUGAGAUCUCUCAGCUGCUCUCUCUCAUCAUCAACACCGUCUACUCCAACAAGGAAAUCUUCCUGCGAGAGAUCGUCUCCAACGCCAGCGAUGCCCUCGACAAGAUCCGCUACAAGGCCCUCUCGGACCCCAGCCAGCUCGACUCUGGCAAGGACCUGCGCAUCGACAUCAUCCCCAACAAGGAGGCCAAGACGUUGACCAUCCGCGACACGGGUAUCGGCAUGACCAAGGCCGACCUGGUCAACAACCUGGGUACCAUUGCCCGCUCCGGCACCAAGCAGUUCAUGGAGGCCCUCACGGCCGGUGCCGACGUCUCCAUGAUUGGCCAGUUCGGUGUUGGUUUCUACUCUGCUUACCUGGUCGCCGACCGCGUCAGCGUCGUCUCCAAGCACAACGAUGACGAGCAGUACAUCUGGGAGUCGUCCGCCGGCGGCACCUUCUCCAUCACCGCCGACACCGAGGGCGAGCAGCUCGGCCGCGGCACUUCCAUUAUCCUCCACCUCAAGGACGAGCAGGCCGAGUAUCUCAACGAGUCCAAGAUCAAGGAGGUCAUCAAGAAGCACUCCGAGUUCAUCUCGUACCCCAUCUACCUCCACGUCAAGAAGGAGACGGAGACCGAGGUCCCCGAUGAGGACGCCGAGGUCGAGGAGGUGACCGAGGAGGGCGACGACAAGAAGCCCAAGAUCGAGGAGGUCGAUGAUGAGGAGGAGGAGAAGGAGAAGAAGCCCAAGACCAAGAAGGUCAAGGAGACCAAGAUCGAGGAGGAGGAGCUCAACAAGCAGAAGCCCAUCUGGACCCGCAACCCCCAGGACAUCACCCAGGAGGAGUACGCCUCCUUCUACAAGUCGCUGUCCAACGACUGGGAGGAUCACCUUGCCGUCAAGCACUUCUCGGUUGAGGGUCAGCUCGAGUUCCGCGCUAUUCUCUUCGUCCCCAAGCGCGCCCCGUUCGAUCUCUUCGAGACCAAGAAGACCAAGAACAACAUCAAGCUCUACGUCCGCCGCGUCUUCAUUACCGACGACGCCACCGACCUGAUUCCCGAGUGGCUGAGCUUCGUCAAGGGUGUCGUCGACUCUGAGGACCUGCCCCUCAAUCUGUCUCGUGAGACGCUCCAGCAGAACAAGAUCAUGAAGGUCAUCAAGAAGAACAUUGUCAAGAAGUCGCUCGAGCUCUUCAAUGAGAUCGCCGAGGACAAGGAGCAAUUCGAUAAGUUCUACAGCGCCUUCUCCAAGAACAUCAAGCUGGGCAUCCACGAGGACUCGCAGAACCGCCCCACCCUGGCCAAGCUGCUGCGCUUCAACUCGACCAAGUCUGGCGACGAGAUGACGUCGCUCUCCGACUACGUCACCCGCAUGCCUGAGCACCAGAAGAACAUCUACUACAUCACGGGCGAGUCCAUCAAGGCCGUCGCCAAGUCGCCCUUCCUCGACGCCCUGCGCGAGAAGGGCUUCGAGGUUCUCUUCCUCGUCGAUCCCAUUGAUGAGUACGCCAUGACGCAGCUCAAGGAGUUCGAGGACAAGAAGCUCGUCGACAUUACCAAGGACUUUGAGCUUGAGGAGACCGAGGAGGAGAAGAAGGCCCGCGAAGAGGAGGAGAAGGAGUACGAGAGCCUUGCCAAGAGUCUCAAGAACGUCCUCGGGGACAAGGUCGAGAAGGUCGUCGUCUCCCACAAGCUCGGCCUCGCCCCCUGCGCCAUCCGUACCGGCCAGUUUGGCUGGUCCGCCAACAUGGAGCGCAUCAUGAAGGCCCAGGCCCUCCGUGACACCUCCAUGUCCUCGUACAUGUCUUCCAAGAAGACGUUUGAGAUCUCGCCCAAGUCUACCAUCAUUCAGGAGCUCAAGAAGAAGGUCGAGACCGACGGUGAGAACGACCGCACUGUCAAGUCGAUUGUGCAGCUGUUGUUCGAGACGUCGCUGCUUGUCUCUGGCUUCACCAUUGACGAGCCCGCCGGCUUCGCCGAGCGCAUCCACAAGCUUGUCCAGCUUGGCCUCAACAUCGAGGAGGACGACUCGGCGCCCGCCGAGACGGCUGCCACCGAGGAAGCUCCUGCCGCCGCCGCCGCGGCUGACAGCGCCAUGGAGGAGGUCGACUAAGCUUACGAACACGACGGGAUAGAGACGCAAAAAGUUUCAUACGGAGUUGCGGUUUAGAGCAAAUGGGCUGCUUGAUUUGCAUCGUUAUGAUAAUGCCUUUUGGGACGCUGUACUCUAGCUAGCUCUGCAAGGUAGAUAAUGAAGUUUACGCAAACC